GUACRGAGCCURAUUCCGGAUCGUCCUCGUCCUUUUCCAUCGGGUGAACUUUAAUAAUCGAACCAAAGCGAACACAAGCGGAGUCUUGUGCGAGCAUAGGCGGGAUCUGUGAGACUCGAACAGGAGAUGGGUGUGGACAUUCGUGGCGGCGGCCAUGCAUUGUCUGAUGAAGAGCUGGAGGCCGUGGCAUUGGUGGUGACUGUCGUCGUUCUGAACACGAUGAGCGGCAGGUCGUCCACACAGCGCCAAAUGCGUCUGCAGUUGCGGAAGCGUAGAGCGUUGUUGCAGCGUGUGGUCGAAGCUUCGGAUUGCAUGGCGACGUCUGAAGCGGCCGUGCAGCUGUGUUCGGCAUUCUCCGGCAUGCCAUCACAUGACUACUACGGCCACAAACAAGCAUUUGCAGUCCAAGCCCAGAUGGUCAUGGAUUUGGACUUGCGUAUCCUGGACGUCCAUGCCGGAUACCACGAAAGCGGGGAGUUGUUCGAUGCCCUGCCGGAGAAUCUACCGCACGGCGUCGUCAUGCGAGGUUACCUUCUCGGUGACAAUGGCUACCCCGUUGCUUGUCCAUGGAUCGUGCAGCCGUACGGAGGAAUCGACCAGCCUCCUGACGAGGAGCGCUUUGACACAAAACAGAAGGUGGCACGCGGUUGUGUAGAGAGAGCUUUUGGGCGGUUGAACUGCAUGUGGUGCCUGUUCCUACGCACCCACAAAAUGAACUUGGAAACCUUGCCUCAGCAGUUCAUCGUCGUUUGCACUCUCCACAACAUCCUCUUGGACGCGGGGAUUGAGUUCGACGAAAACCUGUUGUGGGAGGUCGAAAGCAACGACGUAGAGUGGACUUGGGUAUUGUGGGGACGCCAUGCAAGGUCGACAACGAUGCGCAAACGUCGACGGGGACCUGUUGUGGGAUGCACUCCACGAUCGGUUGACAUUGAUGAAAGCAAAAAAGAACAGGGGGAGCAUAAUGCUCGAAUAGAAGCUAUGAUGAGAAACAUGCGGCCCACUGCAGUGCGUGCCCCUCUGGUUCAACAAGGGCUGGCCCCUGCGCCGGUUCUCGGAGGAGCCGCAAACAAUCUGAAUGUCUGUUAUGCAUGUCAUCAACUAGAGCAUCUAGCCCGUGACUGCCCCCACCGGCCUCCGCAACAACGAGUCGAGGUUGCACCGAUGGCGGCGGCUCCCAUCGCUAACGGACCAGGAGGAGUAGGCGCUUUGAUGGAAGAAACAGAGGGUAGGGAAGAAGCCGCCGAGCUCAUCCCAUUAGAUCAAUAUGUAUCGCUUGGGUAUCCCGGACUUGGAAUGAUCGGAACAAUCCGACCGGCCCCAGAACAAAAAGAAGUGGCGGAGUGGCGACCUUCUCCAGCGAUGAAUAUGACAUUCCAGAACUUCGUCAACAAGACGCGGUUAACACAGGGGAUGAUCAACUUCUGCGUGAUCGUGUACAUGGAUGAUAUCCUUGUCUACUCGGAGGCCUAUCAUGGGCACGCACAACACAUCGAGUGGACAUUGGGAGCGCUGAGAGACGCCGGGUUCAAGAUUUUGCUCGAGAAGAGCGAGUUUUUCCUCUUGGAAAUUUCGUUCUUGGGCUACGUCGUGACACGUGGGGGACUGCGGCCGGAUUCAAGAAAGGUUGCGGCGGUAAGAGAAGCCCCAGUUCCCACGUCGCUAACGCAGGUUCGAGCCUUCUUAGGGUUGGCAUCGAACUAUCGUCACUUCAUCAAGGGUUUCGCCGCGAUUGCACGACCAUUGACGAACCUGCUACGGAAGGACCAGCCUCUCAAUUGGGACACGGAGUGCCAACAGGCCUCCGCGACCCUCAAGGACGCUCUGGCAACGGCCCCUAUUUUGAUUCGGUCGGACCCCUCGAAGAAGUUCAUUCUCAUUACAGACUGGCAACCGGAAGCUAUCUCUGCUAUUCUAGCGCAGAAGGGGAACGAUGGUCGUGAACACGUCAUCGAGUACGCGUCGCGCACGUGCGCCGCUAUUGAGCAAAGAGAAGUGGGACGCGUGGUGGGAGGACUACAUCAAACUCGCCUUCUGUCUAUUGGAGAUAGAGUUCCGCUGGUCAGAAGCGGCCCCGUUCAGAGAAGGACCAGAACACCCAGAGGACAGCGUGGAGCUUCUGAUCAUCCAAGCCUGGAGAACGGCGGAGCAGGGCGAUCUGCUGGGAAUCGUAUUCGGGAAAGUGGGGGAGGGCAAUCUCACCUUGAUCACGGACGAGUUGCUGGUGUUUUUGACUGGAGAAACGUGGCGCAGGACGAGGAGAUAGGGGGAGCAGACGAAGAGGAGGAAGAAGAAGAGCCAUCGAGUGAAGAACGGGACGAUCCAGACUACGUCCCGGAAAGAGAAGCGGGGAUAGCCGGCGGAUCGAGCCAGUCGCAGGAAAAGAACGAAGAGGAGGAAGAGCAGAGGAAACGAAAGCGUCGGGAGACUGCGGAGGGAAAGCAACCCACGGCAAACGUUUCAUCGAUCGGGGAUCCGUGGCGUGAUCCGGAGCCGCCUGAAGAAGAAGACGAUGGAACCGCAGCAGAGGGAUCGCGGAGAAGAAGAAGAAGAAGUGAAUCGCCAGCUCCCUCCGGCUCCCCGUCCCGAUCCUCCAUUCAUCUACAUCAAGAUCUCGGCGUUUGGGCUUCGUCCCCGGUCGUUCUCUCGCCGACCCCGUCACUACCUCAUGCUUACCCGUCUUCCCGAUAGACCCCCGUUCCCUGAUGAUUGGUGUCCUUUCCCCCAUCACCUUUUCUACCAUCUCUACGCUACCCGCCUUCUAGCCUCC